AAAAUGUUUCAUCCAAAAUAUUGAAAUAACCCCUUCAGGCACAUGCAUUCUUUUGUGGCUUCCCAGAUAUUUCGUGGAACGUUAUUACACACACUCAUCUGCUUUCUCUAAUUCUCUAUAGCCUGCGUACACCGGUAUUUUCUCUCUUUUGAUCUCUGAAUCGGAACUACUUUUCAAACGAAAUCGUAUCUGUAAUGAUUUUAUAAGCUUGUGUUUACGCUAAAGUUAGCACAAAUUUAUCAUCGCUUCCAUGUUUCGUCGUCAUGGGACUUCUCAGAAACAACAAGAGCAUGAACAUCUUGAACAGCAACCUGAAAUUAAGGUCAACGAGCUGAAAUCUGUUCUUGGUCCACUUUCUGGGCGAAAUUUAUUAUAUUGUACUGAUGCAUGCUUGAAAAGAUAUCUGGAAGCUCGUAAUUGGAAUGUAGAGAAAGCAAAAAAAAUGUUGGAAGAGACCCUUACAUGGCGAUCUACCUAUAAACCAGAAGAAAUCCGUUGGGAAGAAAUUGCAGUUGAAAGUGAAACUGGGAAACUGUUUAGAGCAAAUUUUCAUGAUCGGUUUGGAAGGACUAUUCUCAUAAUGAAACCUGGAUUGCAGAAUACAACAUCAUUGGACAGCCAAAUUAGACAUCUAGUAUACAUGAUGGAGAACGCUAUCCUAAAUCUCCCAGAAGGGCAAGAAGAAAUGGUGUGGUUAAUAGACUUUACCGGAUUAUUUUUUAGCAUCAAUGUCCCAAUUAAAACCGCUCGAGACACAAUCAGUAUACUACAAAACCAUUAUCCACAGAGGCUAGCUAUCGCAAUUUUAUACAGCCCACCACGAAUAUUCGAAGCAUUUUGGAAGAUUGUUAAAUAUUUCUUGGAUCCGAAAACAUUCCAAAAGGUUAAAUUUGUGUACCCGAAAAAUAAAGAGAGUGUGGAGCUCAUGAAAUCAUAUUUUGAUGUUGAUAAUCUUCCUACUGAGUUUGGUGGAAAGGCGACAAUGAAACUGCUAACUGCUGAUGUAGAAGUUGCAAUGGAAGAGUUACAUGGCAUUAAUAUUGGUGACAAAGAUUUCCGUUUAUCUCAUUUCUUCUAUGCGAAUGAUGCAAUCUUUUUUGGAGAAUGGAGUCGCGAAAAUAUUCUCAAUUUGAUUGGUAUUUUGCAGUGUUUUUUCAUGGCUUCUGGUCUUAAGGUUGUAAGGCGGUUAAAUAUUCUUUCAAGUGGUCAAAAAUCACAACAAUCAAAGAAAUCAACAAAAGUACAACACUUCUGGCGGUAUCUCUUAACAACAACAACAUCAGCAAAGCUUUGCUGGUCUCUUAGGAACACGACCUGCUCACUUCGGCCUCUAUCCUGCUGCUCAGCACCCGCCUUCUGGUCAGGUCUCGUUCCCAACACAGUAGCAGCUGCUGCUCCGUUUAGUCUCCCGACCCAGCAGACCACCGCUAAUCAACAACUUGCUUACACACCUGUUGGUCCAUAUGUGACAACAACCUCCUAUUCUCCUCAACAUGCUAAUUCCAAUGCUUCAUACUUCACUUCACCACAUCAUCCCAUUGUUUUCUAG